AAUUAUAUUCGACUUCCGCAGGCGUCAUCACUCAUGUGACGAAAAGGGAAAGACCCAAAUCCAACGAGAUCAAUACAAAUUUCUAGGAAAUUGAGCUCUCAAGCCCUGAGACGUUCCAGUUGUUUUCUCAGUUGACCAUCAAUGUGUUUGCCUUUGCAAAACUAGGUUGAAACUGGUGGAGUUUCCAUAUUUGCCAUUCGUUCUCAGCUCGCGUGACAUCUUCCGGUCAAACAAAAGGAGACGAGCAACAAGCUUUACCUUAGUGAGAUCUAUCAGCUUUGCGACGGAUUAUUGAGGCGGAGAGAAUCGCUGAUCACUAAAAAUAACCGUGUUGUGCUAAUCUGCUGAACAGCAGCUGGUAUUCGCGAUGUCUGAAGCUCUGAAUAGAAGUGUAUGUUUGUUACCAGACGAAGUCACCCCACUUAAGGCAGUAGGCCUCGUGUCUCUCUCGGUUCUAACAGUGGUGUUAAACUCCUUGGUAAUAAUAACAAUCUGGAAGGAUCCAUUCAAGGAACUCAAAGGAACAGCUUACUGUCUCAUAUUAAACUUGGCUGUUUGUGAUCUUCUUGUGGGCAUUCCAGCCGAGUUACUUUUCGCUGUUCUGAUCUGGUCUCCUGGUCGUGGUACACUGACGUAUAAUAUCAUUGUCUUGACUGGAUACAUUACAUUAUAUCUUGUUUUUAUCGCUUCGAUUCUCACAAUAUCGGGCCUGGCAGUUGAAAGACUUCUCGUCCUAUCAUCACCAUCGUGGAGUGCGGAUUACCAAACAACCGCUUAUCGCACCGUUGGGGUCCUUUCAAUUUGGACACUUGCUGGGCUGCUGACCUUCCUGCCAGUGUUUGGUGCAAAAUCAUCCUGUCACGAAUACAGAAUAUUUAUCGCUGAUGCAAUUGGAAUUCCUGUAUUGAUUCUGUUAUUUGCCUGUUACACACGGAUCUUCUUGCUGGUCAGAAAAGAGUUCAACCGAGAUUUAAGGACAAUUGACCAGAGCAGCGAACUACAACCCCUCACAAACAAUGGCCAAUGGAGAGACAGACUUAAACGGAGGGAAAGACAGGUGGCUUGUUCUGCAUUCAUCAUUGUUGGAUUAUUUUGCCUGUGUUGGCUUCCAGAAUUAGUGCUGGCAAACAUUAUCGAAUUCUGUAAAGACUGUAUUCCGGAGAAAUCUCAUUUGAUAUUCCAUAUUUUCAUAUUCGCACAUCCGCUGGCCAAUCCUAUUGCUUACGCAUUGCGUACAGCGAAAUUUCGACGAGCUCUCAAAAAAAUUUUUUUGUGCAGGGCCCCAUUGUAAAUUAUGUAUGUGAUGGAGGUAACCAGUUCAAAUUUUCUUUAUUAUUUUUAAUUGUUAUCAUUAUGACCAUUCAAUCCUUAAUAACGUAAGUGGAAAUCAUAAGUGGCCUUAAAUAGAACAGCUGUUUACCUGUUUUAUACUGA